GUAAAUGCAAGGUUUGAAGCUGUGUGGAAUCAAUGAUGCCAUUUCUGCCAGAUAACAAAACCAACGACCCUUGGAUCAUCAUUCUUCUACUGAAAAGGCUAUCCACUGCUUCUCUUUCUUCCCACUAGCAAAGUGAGCUCAACAAGCCUGGCUGCUGCUUGGCUACUGUCCGUUCAAUCUCCAGAGAAAAUUAUUUACAUAUGUACAAGUGAUCAGGCAGUUGAUAUGUGUCUAUUGCUGGUUCAUACUCAAAGCUUCUACUUAUCUUCUGUUUAUUCUUUCCCUGAUAACACCACUCACUUCUUGUUUCCUUGAAGUUUAAGGGCUUAUUCAAUUUCUCUUGCUUUUGUCAUAAAAAAAAUGGGGAUUUUUGAGGAAAAUGUAUCCGGGCUCAAAGUCCUGGAUUGUGCUCUAAGGUUGUUUCUUGUUCCUUUUAGCAUUGCAGCUAUCUGGUUAACCCUCACCAACCACCAAGACAACAGCAGCUAUGGGGAAUUGGUCUCUAGCUACUUCAUGGGGCUCAAGUACAUGGUUUACAUCAGCGCAGUAUCAGCUGGAUAUGCUCUUUUAGCUGCUGUUUCUUUGUGGGUCAGAUGUUUGGUUGGUAAAGCAUGGAUCUUCUUUGUAUCUGAUCAGGUGGUUGCAUACUUGAUGGUUACAGCGAUGGCUGCACUGGGGGAAAUUCUAUAUUUGGCGUAUAACGGUGACCAGAAAGUUACAUGGAGCGAAGCCUGUACUUCUUAUGGAAGGUUUUGCCACAGAAUGAAGCUGAUUUUGGGAUUCCAUGUUGUAGCCCUGUGCUGUUUUCUCCUCUUAGCUGUUAUUUCAGCUUAUAGGCUCUUCAGCAGAUUUGGUCCUCCUACCCUUUCUUCUAAAGAGCCUGAGGAAGAACGAACCUGAAAUCUUUUCUUUUUCUGGGUUCCAUCUCUUUUUGUUGUGUACAACUGUAGAUCAUGUCUUCUUGCCUUGUGAUCCAUAAACAAUCAAGCCAUGAUUAUCCCUCAAUUGAAUACCGGUAGGUAUUUUUGCUGGUGGAAUAGGAAAAUGGGAAAAUUACAUAGCCACUCUCUCGGCGACUGAUUUUCUGUUUAUCUCACCUCUUAUAUAUAUACGAAUGAGAAAUGCAUCCAAA